GAAAUACUGAAUGGAGGGGUGUAUGUUGGCCAGAACAAAUUUCUUUGCUUCGCAGACACCAUUCAUUGGCAGGAUAUCGUGCGUAACCCUUGGGCCUCCAACUUCACUUUGGUUCCCACAAAUGGCAGCUCAGGAUGUGGUCGAUGCCAUAAGUCCUGCACAGGCCGGUGCUGGGGACCCACAGAGAAUCACUGCCAGACCUUAACGAAGACAGUGUGUGCGGAGCAGUGUGAUGGACGGUGCUACGGGCCCUACGUCAGCGACUGCUGCCACCGGGAAUGCGCUGGGGGCUGUUCCGGGCCUAAAGACACUGAUUGCUUUGCCUGCAUGAAUUUCAAUGAUAGCGGUGCAUGUGUCACGCAGUGCCCCCAGACUUUUGUAUACAAUCCUACCACCUUCCAGCUGGAGCAUAAUCACAAUGCCAAGUACACCUAUGGGGCUUUUUGCGUCAAAAAGUGCCCACACAACUUUGUGGUAGACUCCAGCUCUUGUGUUCGUGCAUGUCCGAGUUCAAAGAUGGAGGUUGAAGAAAAUGGUAUUAAGAUGUGCAAGCCCUGCACUGACAUUUGUCCUAAAGCAUGUGAUGGCAUUGGAACAGGGAGUUUAGUGUCAGCUCAGACGGUGGAUUCCAGCAACAUUGACAAGUUCAUAAACUGUACCAAGAUCAAUGGCAACCUUAUCUUCCUUGUUACUGGGAUUCAUGGGGACCCAUAUCACACGAUCGCUGCAAUCAAUCCAGAGAAAUUAAACAUAUUCCAAACAGUGAGAGAGAUAACAGGGUAUUUGAACAUACAGUCGUGGCCUGAGAAUAUGACAGAUUUCAGGGUGUUUUCUAACUUGGUUACUAUCGGUGGAAGAGCUCUCUAUAGUGGCCUUUCCUUACUCAUCCUAAAGCAACAAGGCAUUACCUCCCUGCAGUUUCAGUCCUUGAAGCAAAUCAGUGCUGGCAACAUCUACAUAACAGACAACAGCAAUUUGUGCUACUACCAUACUGUCAACUGGACCAGCCUCUUCAGCACACCUAGUCAAAAGACAGUCAUUCAUCGAAAUAAGAAGGCAGAGAACUGCACUGCUGAUGGAAUGGUGUGUAAUGAGUUAUGCUCAAGUGAUGGCUGUUGGGGGCCAGGGCCAGACCAGUGUCUCUCCUGCAAACGCUUCAUCAGGGGAAGGACCUGCAUAGACUCUUGCAACCUGUAUGAUGGGGAAUUUCGAGAAUUUGCAAACGGUUCUGUCUGCGUGGAGUGUGAUCCCCAGUGUGAAAAGAUGGAAGAAAAUAUGAUCACGUGCUAUGGGCCGGGACCUGACCACUGCACAAAGUGUUUCCAUUUUAAGGAUGGUCCAAAUUGUGUGGAAAAAUGUCCUGAUGGCUUACAGGGGGCCAACAGCUUCAUUUUCAAAUACGCUGAUGAGGAUCGUGAGUGCCAUCCAUGUCAUCCAAACUGCACCCAAGGGUGUAGAGGUCCCGCUAGUCAUGACUGCAUUUACUAUCCAUGGACACGACAGUCCACUUUACCACAACAUGCUAGAACGCCUCUGAUUGCUGCGGGAGUUAUUGGUGGCCUCUUCAUCAUCGUCAUUGUGGGCCUGACAUUCGCUGUGUAUGUUCGGCGCAAAAGCAUUAAAAAGAAGAGAGCACUGCGAAGAUUCCUGGAGACUGAGCUUGUGGAACCCUUGACUCCAAGUGGCACAGCACCCAACCAAGCACAGCUUCGUAUCCUGAAGGAAACUGAGCUGAAACGAGUCAAGGUUCUUGGCUCUGGAGCCUUUGGAACUGUAUAUAAGGGUAUUUGGGUCCCCGAAGGAGAAACUGUAAAGAUUCCUGUGGCCAUUAAGAUCCUUAACGAGACCACUGGUCCGAAGGCCAAUGUGGAGUUUAUGGAUGAAGCUCUUAUCAUGGCCAGCAUGGACCACCCACACCUGGUGAGACUCCUGGGUGUCUGCCUGAGCCCGACCAUUCAGCUAGUCACUCAGCUGAUGCCUCACGGCUGCCUGUUGGAUUACGUUCAUGAACAUAAGGAUAAUAUUGGUUCCCAGCUUCUGCUAAACUGGUGUGUCCAAAUAGCAAAG